GAUGUCUGUAUCUCUUUUACCUGUAAGGCGGGACUUCCUUUCUACAUCCGAUGACCGUCGGGCGCUCCAAUUUUUCCCAUUAAUUUUAAUAGAAGUGGCCCAUCUCUGCUAAAUAAUCUCUGGUAGAACGCGCUCGAGAGGGACAAUCACCCCAGAGCAACCUGGAGUUUAUUGCCUUACUCAAGGACACAGUGGUGGUGGGGAUCGAACCGUCAACCUCCUGCUUACCAGUUACCAGCGUAUCACUUCGCCAUUACCAUGACUCUGGUCACAUGACUCUGGAUGACUUCACGGGGCGUUACCGCAACAAACAACAACAAGACAAGUUCCGCCCGAUCCUUACAGACAAGAUACCGACAGCAUUCUCAUUUCAUUGGUUUAGUAAUUAAUAAGUUAUUACAUAUCUGCGAUUAAUAGAACAAUAAACAUUAGUUUGGCGGUACGUCUCAGUACCAUUUAUUUUCUUAUUGUGGAUAACUGGUAACUUGCACUGCGGAUACUGUCUUCCAUAAGGGUGAGGAUGAGCGACGGCGAGGUGUUUCAUGAGAAACAGAGACUGGAGCUGUGCGCCAUCCAUGCCUUGAACAACGUGCUUCAGGAGAGAGUUUUCACCAAGGAGACAGCUGAUGACAUCUGCAAGCGGCUUGCCCCACAAUGUGUGAUGAAUCCACACCGCUCAGUGUUAGGCACUGGAAACUAUGAUGUGAACGUGAUUAUGUCUGCUUUGCAGAGUCGGGGACUUGCUGCUGUAUGGUGGGACAAGCGCAGGUCAGUACAGAAUUUGUGCCUGGACAAAAUUCAAGGCUUCAUUUUGAAUGUCCCAUCAAGGGUGUCACUGGGAAUUGUGUCUCUCCCACUGAGACGCAGACACUGGCUGGCGGUACGAGAAGUCAAUGGACAGUACUAUAACUUAGACUCAAAAUUAAAGGGGCCUGCCUGUAUUGGAGGAGAAACAGAACUCAGGUCAUUUCUCAUUGAACAGCUUUCUCAGGAUGUUGCCGAGAUGCUCCUUGUUGUCCAAAAGGAAGUAGAAGAUGAUGGGACAUGGCUGAAACCAGAUAACCCCAAGAAGUGAUUUCUCAAAACCAGAAAUUCUCUCUCUCAUUGUGGAGCCAAGUAAUUGUGAAAGGAUUUAUAUAUGAGCUGCGGAGAGCAGCACCACAGGAAGAUUGCGGAUAGUGUUCUUACAUUCAUUCACAGACACUCACACACAAAGGGAAGUCUGAGAGAAUUACCUAGUGUUUAAUUAAAGGGACAUCUUGCCUAAUAAGGAGCUGAUUAUUUAAACUCACAUUGACUCUGUGGUUGUGGGAAGACACUACUAUAGCUGUGCCAACUGCGUCAUUCUCUCUCUACUACUUCUCUGUCUAUUUAGCUCUUUCUCCUCUCAGGAACUAUGAUCUCUCACUUCAUCUCUCACUAUCUAUGCACUCACUGCUGAAGUAGAUCAAAGAUUUGUGUCUUUGUUACAACUAUGCACAGAAAUGGUACUCUAACGUUACCCAAAGUAAUAUGUAUCAUUCAUUGCCUUUUAGACGUCAGUGUACAUCUUACUAUGCAUAUACAAAAGAGAUGAGACUUUUUCUCUCUCAUGCCUAUGUAUUCUACACUUUCAAGCUCUUUCUCAAACUGCCUUGUUCACAUCAACUCAGUGAAAACCACCAAAUGGAGGGAAAAAAAUUAAAUUUGAUUUGUAUUAUUUAUCAGAAUUUUUGCUACUCCUUUGAAUGUUUUUGCAUAAGUAGUGUUUGUGGUAUUAUAGUAAAUAGAAGAGCUAUUUGAAACUAAUA